UUCGGGAAGCUUCUCUCCUUCCGGGUCAGAGGUGAAGUCGCCGGGCCGCGUGGUGGAGGUGGCAGCGCCGCUCUGCUCUGCUCGCCGCCGACUGCGAUAAACGAGCACCCCCCCUCCCUCGACCAGCCUCCUCCUCCUCACCUACCCUCCCCCUGGUCACUGCUUCUCCGGUCGUCGCCGCCGCCGCCGUUGCCUCGCGUAAAUUCUCCCGAGCGCUGCGAGGAAGGAGCCGCUCCCGCCCGCCCGCCCGCCACCGCCACCACCACCAACCCUCCUCCUCCUCUCCCUGUCAUGGCCAAGUGGGGCGAGGGCGACCCGCGUUGGAUCGUGGAGGAGCGCGCCGACGCGACCAACGUCAACAACUGGCACUGGACGGAGCGGGAUGUGACGCACUGGUCCGAGAUGCUCCUCAAGGAGCUGCUGCUAGCCGUGAAGGUGGAGGGUGCCCAGGGCGUCUGCGAGGUCACAGAGGUGACGCGCAUCGAGGGCGAAGCUUCCUGCAACAACCGCAAGGGCAAGCUGAUCGUCUUCUACGAGUGGGACAUCGGCCUCGCGUGGAAAGGGACAUCAAAAACCGGAGUGAAGUAUAACGGCAUCGUGAAUAUCCCCAACCUUUCGGAGGAAAACGACGUGGACGACAUCGACGUAUCGGUGAGCUUGAAGUCAGGCGAGCCAGACACCGACCUCCUGCAGCUCAUGAGGACGGCCGGAGAGGCUGGCAUUCGUAAAGCGCUCGCCGCCUACAUGAGCAAGGUCAAAUCAGAGUUCACUCAAGGAAUGAUCCUGCCUGCCAAGGAUGGUGCUCCAGCAGAGAAGGACAACGGAGUUCAGGCCCCAAAGCUCAAACUGGACCCAGUGAAGAAGCAGGGAGCAUAUGGUGGUGGGUCCAUCCCUAAGGGGCCAGGCAACGGCGGCAAGUUCGAGACAUGCCGCGUGAACCUUAGCGAGACCUUCACCACCUCGCCCAUGGAUCUCUUCCAGGUCUUUGUGCGCCAGGAGCUUGUGCAGGCAUUCACACGUGCACCUGCCGAGGUGGAUCCCAAGCCUGGCGGAAAGUUCAGUCUGCUCAACGGGAAUGUCAGCGGUUACUAUGUGCAGCUGGUCCCCAACGAGAGGAUAGUGAUGAAGUGGCGGUACAGGACGUGGCCAGCUGAGCACCACGCAGACGUGACCCUGGUGCUCACCGACAAGGGGGUGGAGACGGAGCUGGCGCUGUGCUGCGAGGGCGUGCCCACCAAUGAGGAGGAGUUGACCCGUGAUGGCUGGCGCCGCUACUACUUUGAAGGCAUCAAGCUGACCUUUGGUUACGGGGCCCGACUCUACUAACUUUGACACCACGGGCUACGAAUGAGGGAUGCGUGCAGCCGAACGUGAACUAUGAACACGACAGAACGUCCAUCACACACGCAGAUUCACUUAGUGCAAGACUGCUGCUAAAUGAGAUGUGGAGCACAAGCAGAUGAAGAUGAAGCUACAUUGCCACCGUCGUCUUUACUAAAUUCCACCUAACUGAAAAGAAAUGCUACAUAAUAAAUGGUUCAAAAAGCAGACCAUAGCACAGGGGCUGUUAGUAAUGGAUGCAGCGUUUGGCAAUGAUGGCAGUUUCAAAUUUUACGCUGCCAAAGCAGUUGUCCAGGUUCUAAUUGAAAUUGAUCAGCCUCAAAGAAGUCAAUGAUGUCCACAUCUGAUUUAUGCAGUAUUUAGCUUCAAUGUAUUCAGAUGUUUCACAUAUCGCUCAAUUUGAUAUCUUAGGAAAAACAAUGGUUGCCCAAGCUAUCAAGCAUGGCUUGCAUUGGACCUCUGGAGUUUGGAGCAGAUCUCCAUGUGGAGGAAGAUGCAACCGAAGUAUUUAUAUACAAACCUAGGCUGUGUCCAGUAAACAAGUUUGAAGCUUCAAUGAGAAUAAAGACUUGCUUUUUAGAACUUGAGCCCUGUUUUUGUUCCAAUGUCACUGCAGCGCUAUUCUUAAAUAUACACCACUCAAGUGCUCCAGUGACUUAAAAUCGUUAACAUCUUUGUGAAGCUUCAAACUUGUGUUGAAAAGCAAGGGAGUUGGGCCCCUAGGUCGGUAUCUACAAGGCCAGGGCAAUUUGUUUGGGUUUGCUUUAACACUGGCAGAUGAUGAACAGGAAAAAAGUACUUCAGGAUUUGUGCAUUUACUAUAAAACAAAGUAUCCCUGUUUGUUAGUCUGUUGUACAUAAUGUUUAAGCAAACGGAGGUUUUCUACUGCAGUAGAAGGAAUAUUUAUGGUGUUUGGAUCAUGAUGCUUGGCUAACAUUACCACAUGUGAAAUUUGGAAAUAAUCAACAAAUAAAGGCUGUGUACAAA